AUGCCGGAUGAGCCUCCACGGCGCAUCAUCUUGGAGAAAUCCAAGACCGUUAAACGCCGGUACCAGCGCAGCAACCAACGAUUCCAAUUCACUGCCUCCCAGAUCGAACGGCUAGACCGCGAGCAGGAACGAGAAAAAAAGGCCAAACAGUUACGCGAAAAGGAAAAGAAACGCAUCGCUAAUAAGAAGCGGAAGGCUGAGCAGGAGGCGCGCGCCCGAGAGGAGCGCAAGCGUCGUGGCCUUCCGGAUCCUAAUGCACUGGUCCCGUCGAGUCAGCCGUUGCUGUCUAUGUUUUUGGGGGCUGGGAAGCGUCAGUCUUCUGCUGUUCUGGAGAAUAAACCGAAGUCUGCGUCGGAGCCUGCACCAGAGCCUGCACCGCAGCCUAUACCAGAACUUGCACCAGAGUCUACAACUACGGAGACGGAGUCACAUAAUGUGAAUAUGCAUGGGAUGAAUACGGACCUUGGGAGUGAGGGUGGGGAUACGGAACCUGAUUCGGAUGCCUUUGAUGACUUGGACGAGGAAUUAGAGAAGGAGCUAUCUCUACUUCAGGAUGCAGGCGUUAGUAAUGCUGGAGGUCCUGCGGAGCUUGAAGUUGGCUCCGAUGCCUUCGAUGACAUGGAUGGUGAAUUGGAGAAUGAGCUACCUGAAUUACCGGAUGCAGGCAUCCUGGCAGAAACUGAAGGUCCUGCAGAACCUCAAGGCCAAGGCAUUGGAAUCGAGAAGCCUGCGUCCGAUGAAUUCUCCGACUGCUCGGCAUUUAAUGACGAAAAUAUCAUAAAGGAAGCUGAGGCGGCAAUUAGAAAACAAACAAUUGGCGAGAACACGAAGAAGUCCUCUCCAUUCGAGAGAUCACCUUUAAUGCAGCCUCCAGCCUCACAUCGGCCGACUGUGCCUACACCACCACCACCACCACCACCACCGCCACAAUCCUCUUUCUAUGAGUCGUUCCAAUUCGACCCUGUCGAUUUACUCGAAGCCGAAGCGGCUAUCAUCAGUCAAACGAAUGACGACGAAACGAAGAACCAGUGUUCAUCGAAGAGUGUAACCAUUCGAGAACCUCCUGUGUCGGAUCGACCGCGCAAUGUCCCCAUACUAGCGUCUUCUGUGGGAGAUUCCUUUCGAGACGAGACUGCUGAUUGGAUUGAAGAAGCCUUUGCACAUGGAAGCGGCGAUCCUUUUGGCGGACCAAAUCAGAUAUCCUCAUGA